AUGUCUAGCUCAUCUAGCUCUAACGAUGAUAAAAUGAUGAAGACGUUCUUUCUUAUGGGAGCUGCUAUCGUCGAGGAAGAAGAACAAGGGAAAGCUAUGCGGAUGCUCGCAUAUGGAGCAUCCGCUGACGCCGUUGACGACUACGUUCGGAUCGGUAAAAGUACGUCGCUUGAGAGCGUGAAGAGGUUCGUUCGAUCGAUUAUCAACAUCUUUGGGGAGGAAUACCUUCGUUCACCGACUAAUGAAGACGUUGCACGCCUGCUCGAGGAGGGUUCACAACGAGGUUUUCCUGGUAUGCUUGGGAGCAUCGACUGCAUGCACUGGGUAUGGAAGAACUGUCCAACCGCCUGGCAAGGUAUGUAUAUUGGGCAUUUUCAUGAACCUACAAUUAUUUUGGAGGCCGUAGCUAGCAAAGAUCUUUGGAUAUGGCAUGCUGAACCUACAAUUAUUUUGGAGGCCGUAGCUAGCAAAGAUCUUUGGAUAUGGCAUGCCUUCUUUGGACUUCCGGGGUCUCACAAUGACCUCAAUGUGCUACAUCGUUCACCGGUUUUCACACAACUUGCGGAGGGAAGAGCUUCACCGUGCAACUAUACUGUUAAUGGGCACGAGUACAAUAUAGGAUACUAUCUCGCCGACGGGAUUUAUCCAGAGUGGUCCACAUUAGUGAAGACUAUUCCAGCACCACGAGGAAACAAGCAUAAAUACUUUGCUCAACAACAAGAGAGCGCAAGAAAAGAUGUUGAGCGAGCUUUUGGCGUGUUGCAAGCUCGAUUUGCGAUUGUUCGUGGACCAGGACGUUUCUGGCAACCUAGUGUGCUGAAAGACAUCAUGACAGCUUGCAUCAUAAUGCAUAACAUGAUCGUUGAAGAUGAACGAGAUUGUCAAUUGGACAACAACUUCGACUUUAAUGAUUCGAUACCAGUCGUUGAACCUUCUCAUGUGCAGACGAUGGUGCCUCUAACUGAGUUCAUCCAAAAUCAUCAUCGGAUCAGGAACACGCAAACACACAAAUCACUAAAGAAUGAUUUGAUCGAGCAUCUGUGGCAGCUCAAGGGAUCCAUCGACGAGGAUUAA